AUGCCUCCUGCUGGUGGUGACCAGAAAAAGGCAGCACUGGAGGUAGGCCCACUCCAGAAGCCGGCCAAAGACAUCCUCAAUGUCAAGAAGUCAGUGCCGCAGGCAGCGCCGCUCGAGACGCCGCCCAAAGACAUCCUCAAUGUCAAGAAGCCAGUGCCGCAGGCAGCGCCGCUCGAGACGCCGUCCAAAGACCUCCUCAAUGUCAAGAAGCCAGUGCCGCAGGCAGCGCCGCUCGAGACGCCGUCCAAAGACAUCCUCAAGAAGUCGGAGGCAGAGGCGCUCAAGAAGCCGUCCAAUGACAUCCUCAAGAAGUCGGAGGCAGAGGCGCUCAAGAAGCCGUCCAAUGACAUCAUCAAGAAGUCGGAGGCAGAGGCGCUCAAGAAGCCGUCCAAUGACAUCCCGGUCCCCAAGAGGUCAGAGCCGGACGCAGCAACCACCGAGAAGCCGGCGUCGAAGGCCCACAAGUCAGGGCCGGCAUCUGGCACUGAGAAGCCGGCGUCAAAAGACGAGCCGGACACAGACCCGCUCGCCGACAUGCCAUCGUUGAAAGAGUCAGGGCCAACCGCAGGACCAGCCGCCGACAAGCCGGACUUGAAAGACAUCCUCACAGGCACUGACCUAGACCUUGAGGAAGCAGUCAAGCUGGUCAGCAUGGACAUGCGGAACAUCUACGUGGAGCUGAAGGACUACAGGAACUGCAUGCAAGCCCACGCCUGCUACGAGUGCUUGGUGACGUUUGAUGCCAUUGCUCUGCAUGCCUAUGCUCACCGUACUUUGGCCCCGAACUUGGGUGCAGUGCAGUUGCUUCAACAGCAGCACUGGCCCGUGGAUAUGACGAAUGAGCAUUGGCGUGGGUGGCAGGAGAUCAUCGUUGUCCGGUCCACCUCGAGGACGGACCCCCCUGAACACGGCCACUACCAGGUGGUCAACGGUGAUGCCCUGCGCUUGGCCUUUGUGCAUGGAUGGGCCCAGGCAAAGGAGGCGGAAAAGCCGACGGAUGCGUUUCAGACGGCAGCUCGUUGCGUGAAGGUUCGCUUCGAGCUCUUGAUCUUGGAUGAGACGUUCGAGAUGAAGAAGUGGGAGCUGAAUGAAAAGACGAACCUGGCGGCCGAGACUCAGAUUUUGCAAGGGCUCAAAAGGGCACUCGCGGUGCAGGGCGUGGCGGAUAUGCUCCAGCGGGAGGGUCAGCCAAAUGGCCCCAAAGAUUUGGAAAAAUGGUUCAAGACGGCAAAAGUGACGACAGCGGAUAUGAGCGCACGUGUCGUCUCGACGAUGAUGAAGGUUGCGACGAGGUUCAAGUCGGCUGUCGAGUGUCGGCUCAUUCUGACGGAGUUAGAUUCGGCUUUUGGAAGCAAGCACGCCUUCCAGCACUCGAACAGCUUAGACGUCGCAUGUCAGAAAACCGGCGUGAAAAACAACGCCAAGUUGGCCGCCAGCCUGCUUCUCUGGUGCUUGAGUCUAUGCAGGGACGAAAUGAUGCGGGGAGAUAUGCCACCAGAAAUAGGGCAUAUCGGCGUGAAGGCGGCAUUCACACGCUACCUUCUCAAGAAGCGUUUGGUGGCGUACCUCGUGCGCAAGUUCACCUGGAAAAAGGUUGAUGCCAUCGAGGAGAAGUUGGCAUUGCCAGUCGGCUACCAAUGCUUUGAGGUCCUGAACACACUCUUCAGCAACUACGAGGCGUGGCGACAGAGCGGCUUGAGCCCGGGCAGUGAGGUGAGCAUGGCCUGGCUACACAACAUGCCUCCUCACAUGGUGCGGGUCAUCCACUUCUGCUCCCACCUCCUGCGGGGCGGAGGAGACUUGGAAAGCGUGCUUGCCAACAUCGUCGAGACGUCGCCGCUAGUGUCGCCGGAGGCCGCCUUGUUGCAGAUGCAGAAGUUUCUCGACGUUGAUGCCACCAUCAAGGAGCAUGAUGCCUGGAUGGAGAAGAUGUUGGCGCCGGCCCCGCCGCCUGAGCCGGCACUUCCCACACCCACUCCCGAGAAGGAUCCGGUCCAGGUCCACACCAAUGCUGCCGAGAGCCAGGGUGACAAUGCUGGCUUGAUUGAGGACGAGCAGGCCCACCCAGCAGAUGACGAUGAGGAGAUGCAGCCGGCAGACCCUGUUGUGGAUCAAGUGGAGGCGACCAGAACUUCAUACUUCCCUUCCUUGGCCCUGUCGUCCGCUAUCGUCGAUAUGUUGAAGAAGAACCCGGACGACAUGCAGUUCCAGCACAUGGUCGAGGAGGCAAUCAUCCGCUGCUCGCCUGCAGCUUUAUUACCGUGA